UUCUGAUGAUUCAGCUACCGCUGGGGCUGAUAUUAGCUUUAAAGCUCAUUAAAGGAGGAGUUUAUUUAAAAUAAAUUGCCAGUCUUUGGUUCCAGCACUGUUUGAUUAAGACUGAAUGGAUGCUAACAUGACUAAAACUGUGAUAGGUGUUGUAGCACUGCUGGUGCUGAUGAUUGGGGGAUUCCAGGCUGACACAGGAACUACAAAGAACUUACAAGAAAUUGUUAUUGGAAGAUGUUAUAACUAUAUAAGGACAAUUAAUCCGAAUAUUGGGAAUGACUGCAAUGAUAUCUGGUUACGUUUUCUGGAUGCUUUUCUUGGGAAGGACCCUUGUGAUGUCCCAGUUAGGGACUAUGAUCGGUUGUUCAGUACAGUACAACAGACCAUACCCUGUAAUAAGGUACUCCUCUGGAGCAAGACACGUGAUAUUGUUCAGAGUUACUCUGCAGUUACUCAUCGUUUUAUGACUUUGGAUGACACCUUUGUUGGUUAUUUGUUUAACACCUUGACUUGGUGUGGGGAAAAAAACAAAAGAGAACUCAAUUAUAAUUCCUGCCCUGAUUGGUCAACAUGUGAAAAUCAGCCAGUCGCUUCAUUUUGGAAAAAAGCUUCAGAAUACUUUGCUGAAUCAGCCUGCGGGGAUGUCACAGUGAUGUUGAAUGGAUCGAUUUACAAUGCAUUCAGCAAUACAAGUAUGCUUAGAAGGGUUGAAGUCCAGCAUCUUGAUCCAAGGAAAGUCAAUCAAGUUGACAUCAUGGUAAUUAACAGCUUACGGGGACCAAUCAGGGAGUCCUGUAACAGUGGGUCCAUCGUUGAGUUAAUACAGAUCCUACAACACCAGGGUUUCCGUUGGACUUGUACUGACAAUGACAAGAGUCUAAUAAUCUUACAAUGUGUUAGAGAUCCAAACCAUCCAUCCUGCAAAAUCUGCAACAACAGUAUGCACUGCUGAAUACGAUUCUUAAAAAAAUGAAAAGCAGGCCUUCUGUUCAUGCUCUUUUAAAUGACUCGUUAUUGUCCAUUUAUUUAACUUAGUUGCCAAAUUAGUCUAAUUUGAUAUUUAUUCGUACGUUUUGUCAGGGUUUGUUUAUUCACUAAGCGUUUACUCCAGGUAUGUUUGUACCAUUUUUACUGUGUUCUAAUUCAUUUUUACUGUGUUCUACUUAAUACACAAUUUUACAAAAUAACAUUACCAACAUUAUUUAUAUUGAUAAAAUGUAAAUGUCAUCAUUACAGUGAAAAUAUAUACCUGUAUUUCAGUAAUUCCUGAAGUUGUUUGCAGAAAAUGUUUAUUUUUUACUGUUUUAGUUCUGCUCCUUCAUUGGCCUACAUACCAUAUAAACUCUAUUUUCUUUUAUUUAGUGUGUCCCUUUAUUAUUUUACCCCCAGUUUUCUUCCAGUUUGAAAUGCACAAUUGUUUUUUCCCUUGAAUGCAGCAAUUCCCCACAUGGCUCAGGAGACCCGGUUCGCAGCAGAAAGGAAUAUCCACGAGCAACUGUCUUCAAGGUAUCAGAGGAUUCUAAAGGACUAUGCCUAGGGUUGGGUUAGGGUCAUGGCGGGUGGAUGUCAGAGAGGGGCAGAGCUCGGGAAGUGAAAGGUGGGAGUGCUGGACAAAUGCCCUAAAAUCAUCUGAUGCACUGAAGACAGUUUCUAGUGAAAAUUCCUUUCUGCUGCACCCGGUUCAGUGGGCUUUUGCUGAUCCCACGACUAAGCUUCACCCAGGAACUCAAGAGCAUAUGCCAGCGAGCUCCUGACCUCUGGAGGACAAAGGCCAUCCCUACCUUUGAGCUCACUGGGCACCUAGCCAGCAUGGUUCACUGUAGCGCGAUGAGGAAAAACAGUCCGUGGUGAUUUUGCCACCCUAACCCACGGAAGCACCAGAGCCAAUACCACACUUUCUGUGGAGACCAGCUUACUUCGCACAGCCAGCAGGCGAACCUGUCCUGUAUGAUUCACCCUGCGUACCACACAGCUGCACUUCUACCAGGUGACCCACUCAGGGACUUACAAUUCUAUAUAAUGAUCUUAAUAUGCUGAUAUAUUCCUGUAUGUGACCUGUUUAAAAUUGUAGCUUAUGUGUAACAUGACUGAUGUCAUGUCUCAGGUGUUUUUUACUCAAGUUAAAUAA